UCCAAGAUGUUGGGUAUGUGGUCCUUGCUUCUCCUCUGGGGGCUGGCGACUCCGUGCCAGGGGCUGCUCGAGAAGGUGGGCACGCUCGCUCGGAUUGACAAGGAUGAACUUGGCAAAGCCAUCCAGAACUCGCUGGUUGGGGGGCCCAUUCUGCAGAACGUCCUGGGGACAGUCACAUCUGUGAACCAGGGCCUCCUGGGCUCUGGGGGACUGCUCAGAGGAGGCGGCCUGUUGAGCUAUGGAGGGGUUUUUGGCGUUGUGGAAGAGAUUUCUGGGCUGAAGAUCGAGGAAAUCACACUGCCCAAGGUGUCACUGAAGCUGCUGCCUGGUUUUGGGGUGCAGCUGAGCCUGCACACCAAGGUGGGCCUGCAUGGCUCUGGCCCCCUGGGGGGCCUCCUGCAGCUGGAGGCAGAGGUGAACGUGUCUUCGAGGGUGGCGCUGGGCGUGAGCUCGCGGGGCACGCCCAUCCUCGUCCUCAAGCGCUGCAGCACGCUCCUGGGCCACAUCAGCCUGCUCUCCGGGCUGCUGCCUGCACCUCUCUUCGGGGUCGUGGAACAGACACUCUUCAAGGUGCUGCCGGGACUGCUGUGCCCCAUGGUGGACAGUGUGCUGGGCGUGGUGAAUGAGCUCCUGGGGACUGCGCUGAGCCUGGUGCCCCUUGGGGCUCUUGGAUCCGUGGAAUUUACUCUGGCCACGCUGCCUCUUAUCUCUAACCAGUACAUAGAGUUGGACAUUAACCCUAUUGUGAAAAGCAUAGCUGGUGACGUCAUUGACUUCCCCAAGCCCCCCAAGCCCAUUAAGGUACCCCCCAAGGAGGACCACACAUCCCAGGUGGUGGUGCCUCUGUACCUCUUCAGCACCGUAUUUGGGCUCCUGCAGACCAAUGGUGCCCUUGACAUAGACAUCACCCCGGAUCUGGUCCCCAGCAAUGUGCCACUGACAACUACAGACCUGGCGGCUUUGGUCCCUGAGGCCCUGGGAAAGUUGCCCCCGGACCAGCAGCUCCUGCUCUCCAUGCGGGUGAAGGAAGCACCCUCAGUCACGCUCCAGAAGGGCAAGGCCAUCAUCUCUAUCCCAACCAACAUCCAUGUGCUCUCCUACCACCCGAAAGGGACCCCUGAAGCCCUCUUCGAGCUGAAUGCGGUUUUGACUUUAAAUGCCCAGCUGGCUCCCUCAGCUACCAAGCUGCACCUUUCACUGUCCCUGGAACGGCUCAGUGCCAAGCUGGCCUCCUCCUUCUCCCACGCCUUUGAUGCUACCCGCUUAGAAGAAUGGCUCAGUGAUGUGGUCCGGGUGGCCUAUGUGCCGAAGCUCAACGUGGACCUGGGUGUUGGAAUUCCCCUGCCCAAGGUUCUCAAUGUCAAUUUUGCCAAUGCAGCCUUGGAGAUCAUCGAGAAUGCCGUUGUGCUGACUGUGGCCUCCUGAAGCUGAGAAUGGCC